GAUUGAUAUGUCUUCUGUUUCAACUAAUUGUCUCACGAAUUUGUCGUCUUCUUUAACAUCUCUUCGUCUUAGUUAUUGCCAAUUGAAAGGGAAAUUUCCAGAUAAUAUAUUCCACCUUCCAAACCUCCAGAUACUCCGUGUAGGUUACAACUACAAUCUCACUGGUUCCUUUCCAACGUAUAACUGGAGUACUUCUCUCAAGUUCUUAGUUCUCUCUGAAACCAAAUUCUCAAUUGACUUACCUUAUUUAAUCAGCAACCUCAAGUCCUUAAAAGAGUUGUUUGUUGGUGGAUGCAAUUUCAUAGGUUCAUCGUAUCCAACAUUUCUUUCAAAUCUCACACAGAUAACUGAUUUGGACCUUUCAUAUAGUAACUUUGGUGGUCAGUGUCCAUGGUCCCUCCUAAACAUUACAGGACUUACUUACUUGGAUCUCUCAUACAACAAUUUCAUAGGGCAACUUCCGGACUUCUCUUCAAAUAAUUCAUCUAAUAGUCAACUAGUCAACAAGAUUCCUUCCAAUCUAGAAUAUCUCUACUUAUCUGGUAACUUAUUGAAUGGGACAAUACCAUCUUGGGUGUAUACAAUACCAUCUUUGCGUUUCUUACAUCUUGAUUCUAACCAAUUCACUGGGCAUAUUGUUGAAUUCCAGCAUAACUCAUUAAUUUCUCUAAAUGUUUCCUUCAAUAAUUUUAGUGGCAAUGUGGAGUCAAAAAUAUUCUCAAAGCUCAAAAGUCUUCAAUAUCUUGAUAUGUCAAAUAAUCCUCACCUAUCACUACACUCCUUCACAUCCGCCACCAAUAUUUUGUCCAAAAUUCACUCAUUAAAAUUGUCUUCUUCCAACAUAACCGAAAUUCCACAGUUUUUACGAACUGCAGAAUAUAUAGAAUACUUAGACCUUUCCAACAACCAUAUCAAAGGCAAUAUUCCAUCCUGGGUAAUGGAGCUGGGGAAGGAUUCAUUGUUUUACUUUUCACUCUCAAGGAAUAAUUUAACUGGACACAUCCCUUCCUUGAUUUGCAAUCUCAGUUCCCUCAAAUUCCUUGAUUUCUCUUAUAAUCACUUGAAUAACAUGAUUCCUCCAUGUUUGGGAAAGUUAAGUGAUAAUCUCAAUGACUUGAAUUUACAAAGGAACAAUCUUAAUGGCACUGUCCCAGCAACAUUUGCAAAGGGAUGUCAAUUGAGAAGUCUGAAACUCAAUGGCAACCAAUUGGAAGGGGCAUUGCCACAAUCAUUGGUCCAUUGUAGAAAGUUGGAAGUUCUGGAUUUUGGUAACAACAAGAUUAAUGGAACCUUUCCUUGUUGGUUGGAAAGUCUUUCAAAGUUGUGCGUUCUUGUCUUGCGAUCAAACAACUUUCAUGGUGCCAUAGGCAAUCCCAAGACCAAAUUCCCGUUCCCUAAUUUGCGAAUCAUAGACCUCUCUCACAACAAGUUCCAUGGUCUUUUGCCAACAAAAUUUUUCAUGUAUUUAAAAGCCAUGAUGAAUGUGAGUGCAGACAAAGGUGAAUUGAAAUAUAUGGGUGAUGAUUAUUAUCAAGAUUCUGUGACAGUGGUGAUGAAAGGGCUUUCCAUUGAAUUGGUAAAAAUCCAAAGUCUAUUCACAACCAUUGAUUUUUCCAACAAUAAUUUCAAAGGAGAAAUUCCAAAGGCAAUUGUAGAGCUUCGGUCACUGAAGGGGCUUAAUUUUUCACACAAUAAUCUUUCAGGUCACGUACCUCCAUCGUUGGGAAAUUUAACCAAUCUUGAAUGGCUAGAUCUCUCCUCAAACAAGCUCACAGGUGAAAUUCCUAUACAAUUGGCAGAUCUGACAAUGCUAGCAUUUUUAAACCUAUCAGAAAAUUAUCUUUUUGGACAUAUACCCCAAGGUAAACAAUUCAAUACCUUUAUGAAUGAUUCUUACUAUGGGAACCUUGGGUUAUGUGGAUUUCCAAUGACAAAAGCUUGUGGCAAUGAUGAGGGACAACAACCAUCGCCAUCAUCAACCAUUCAAGAAGAUGAUUUCGAAUUUGAAAAUGGGUUUCAUUGGAAAGUUGUAUUGUUGGGGUAUGGCUGUGGAUUCAUGUUUGGAUUGGGUUUGGAUUAUCUUGUGUUCUCAAGUGGAAAACCGAAAUGGCUAGUGAAUAUUGUUUAUGGAGGAAGACAUAACAAGUUACAAAGAUCCUAGGAGAAUGCUCGUGGACGAACUCAUUGAAGAAGAAUUUAGUGGAUACAAAUACUGAUUCUAGGCUGGUGGCCCUUUCUAUCUCUCUAACAGGAUGGAGGGACAUCAUUCAUUCAUAGUUUAGAUCACUGGCCGACAUUCCAUGACCACGUGAUGAUAAAAAAUUCGUUGUGGUGCUUCGAUCCUUUUUGAUGACAACAAUUGUAAUAAAAACCAUUUCAGACCUUGAGGGUUUCAAUAAAAUUGAUUUCAUCAAGGAGGAGCUUGAAAAGGCUUGUCCAGGGGUAGUUUCAUACGUUGAUAUUGUUUCUAUUGCCACAAGAGAUGGCAUUAUGUUGGUCUAAAAUUUCAAAAAAUUCAAAAAAAAAAAAGGAAGAAGAAGAAAGAAAGAAAAGAGAAAUACUUUUCUUAUUCUAAAUUCUGUUAAACUGACAGUAAAGAACAACUCUUGGAAAGUUUGAUGAUGUGCUUGGGCCCAGAUGCCACUGUUUGCCUUGGGUUUUGGGACAGUAGUUAGCUGGCCACCUCAUUGUGCGUGCAGCAGCUGGAUGUUUGAUGUGAAACAAAGACAAAAGUUAUUAAGUGUUCCGAAGUUGGUGUUGGAUUCUAUUUUUGAACAAAAGAAUGAGAUUGUGAUAGCCGUGGAAGAGGAACUUGAAAGGCCAUGUCAGCUUAUGGAUUUGAGAUUGUUCAAACGCUCAUUGUGGACACUGAACCUGAUGAACAUGUGAAGAAGGCUAUAAGCGAGGUAAAUGCGGGCUUGUGGCCCCUUUCUAUCCAGUGUUAACAGGCCAGCAUUCCUUCAUACCUCAACAAAGCACUGCCUAAGAUUCCAUGACCGGAUGAUUAUAUUAUACAGACACUUUACCUUUUUGGCAUUAGAGGUUUUGAUGAAAGAGAAAUAGUCUAUCUUUUAGGUGCACACAAAAUUGGGAAGAUUGGCUGAGUUCAUACACAAACACCUUUAUGACUGCAAGGGUACAGGGCAGCCUGACCCAACCAUAGCUUCUGAUUUCCUCACUGACAUGAGAAUGAGGUGCCAAGACAGUAAUAGGACCAACACUCAGCCUUCUUCUUAACCCAUGUAAUCAUUGGAAAUGAGUGAGUCUGCAUGAAUUCACAGCCAGUCAUUAGAAAGGGGAGAAGACCCCUUUUUGCUGAUCAGCAAUAGCUAGCUAAUGAGAAGACCACAAGACUGGUAAGGGCCUAUGCUUCAGAUGACAGAUCAACCAACCGCAAGACUGGACUUUGCAUGGGCAAUGAUGAAGAUGCCAGUGCUUAAUGUUUUGGCUGGAUCUCAAGGUCAGGUCCAACGCAACUACUCCUCGCCUUUUGUCAGUUCCUAAGUGACAAUCUUGACCAUAAUGAACUCUUGACAUUGUUAUGUUUUCAUAUAAGCUUCUCUUUAUGUUCAAUGUUUGAUUGUAGAUGCAGUGACUUUUAAACUUCUUGCCUAUGCUAAUUUGAGUCUAUAUAUAAAGGCAAUGGCUUAGCGUAGACAUUAGACACAAUGAUGAAAUAUGUUAUGGCUGUUGAGUUCUUUAGAAAUAUAGAAUUAAAAUGUUUGGAAUGUUACCAAAAGUUAACUAAUAUUUGGGGAGAUCAUAAUCUGUGCUGCAGCAUCCAAAUUAAUUUAAUUGGGUGUCAGUGUUUCUAACAAGUUUUGGCUGAUUAUUCAUCAUCUGAAUGAGAUUUUAGUUCGUUCUUUUUGAGUUUGAACUUCAGAAAUAGGAAAGUCUACAAUUCUGUGUCAUGAAACAAAGAAAUUGAUUUGUCUAUAAUUUUCUUUAUUUCUUUAAUCACCAAGUAGAAUAUAAAAGUGACUCAUAGGCAUAGCUUUCAAUCAGAUGCCAUUAUGUUUUAUUGUCAUCAGUUAGUAUUCAAUUACACUUAUCAUGCCCGCACAUCCAAAGUCAUGCUUUAGCUGGGAGCCACUCAUGGAGAAGACAACAAUGGUACAAUCCAUGUGUAAGGCAUAAAAAAAAUAAAAUAAAAUAAAAAAACCUUUUAUGUUUAAGGUAUAGUCAUACCAGAGAGUAUAUAGGCUACUGCUAUGUAACCA